AUGGCCUCAGGGGCAGAACCCGUCAACUUGACGAUAUCGCCGUCUACCGCUACAACCCUCCAGAAGACUACUUCACAGAUAGAAGACGUCAACAUGGUGGUCAUCAACGGAAUGACUACUCAAUUUUCCAUGGAUGUUAUUUUUACACCACCUUCACCAUGCUCAACCUCUUGGACCUUCGAGCCUGAGGGCGCAAAUAACGUCGAAUCCGGUCUUAUCAUCCAGAAUGCUGUUACCUUUGCAUCCUCCUGCUUCCCUUCUGGGUUCGAUCAUGUCGGCCGGAUGCAGGGCUCCCUCAUCUACAGUCCUGGCUGGUGCCCUAUAGGCUAUACUUCCGCCGACGUUGCUAUUGAUGGACCGGUAACAACAGCCAUCUGCUGUCCCUCUGACUUCAGCUAUUCCACCGACGUACUUAACUACGGCGACGGCGGUUCAGACACGUACGCCGGGUGCACAAGCACAUUCUCAAAGCGCAGCUCGACCAUCGUGCCCGUUCGGCAGGAGACAACGUCGACGCGGGUUAUUGGGCCCGUUACCAUGUGGGCUCCGCCUAUAACUGUUGCGCUGGAGUCCAGCGACUCGAGUCUUUUCGUUCCACCAACAUCCUCGACCCCUUCUAUUGCUCGUGAGACUGGCACCACGUCGACGCCUAGUCCAAGCACUACAGAGACCUCUACUCCUGACGGCACGGAGGCCUCAUCUGGCCAACUAUCCACGAGUGCUAGAAUAGGGAUAGGAGUGGGUGUUGGCGUCAGGGGAUUCGCGGUAGUGGCUGCUGUAGGACUCUGGUUCUGGCGGUCACGGAAGGUAAAAGGGGAUCGAGAACGGAAUGAAAUGAUAGUACACACCUCUGGAUCUACUCAACCAGACUUUCCAUAUUACGGCACCACGAAGGAGGAGCCGGUGCUGAUAUUGGAAGAACUGGACGCGUCGAAUGGGGGGCAUGAUAGGCAUCGCGGUGUGCGCCAUGAGCUUGCAUGA